GACAAGAGUCCCGUCAGAAGGGGGCCCCCCCAUCAGCUGGACAACAUCCGUUGGCCGGUUGGUACUUAUAACACCAGGAAUGUCGAUCACAGGGGUUGUCGUGGGGGUGUUGACAGCGCCUGGGGGGGAAGAAGUUGCGGUCGGAGAAAGGGUAGUCGUGGUUAGGGGAAGGGCGGUCGGGUUAGGGGGACCGAUUGUAAGCCCCGACGGUGCAGCGGUUACGGAAGGAGGGACGGUUGGGACCGGAAGUGAUCCGGUUGGCACUGGUGGGCUGUUUGUAGAACCGAGAGCAGUUGUACCGGGCUCCAGGGAAGAGACAGGGGCUUCUGUCGGGGGAACCGUGGGGGGGUUGGGGAACGUGGUUUCGACCGGGGUUAAGGUUGCAUUUUCCGGGAAAGUGGCUACACUUGGGGGUGCUGUAGAAGUGUUUGUCGUUACGGUUGGCGGAGGAGUGGAUCCAAUUGGCGGCAAAGUCGUGACCACAGGAGUUUCUGUCGGGUUUGUGGUAGGUUCAGUCGAAGUCGGGUUUAAUGCCGGCUGUGUCGAAGUCGGGUUGGUUCCGUUGGGAGUCGAGGCGGUAGGCGUAACCGACGAGGUUGGGGUUGGGGGUGGGGUAAAAGCGGGGAAAGGAGUCGGGGGGGUGACCGAAAGCGACGUUGCGGGGGGAGGUGACGUCAGCAGGGGAGAAGACGGAACUGUGGGGGGUGGAAAGGUCACAGGGGGCGAAGGCGGGAGUGAGAGAACGGCGCCGGGGGGGGUGGGAGUGAUAAGUUUUGGCGGAGAGGGUAUUUGCGGGGGCGAUGCGACGAAAGGCGGGGAGAAAUUGAAAACUGGAGGACUAACGGUAGGGGGUGAAAAGAUUGGAAGCACUAGAGGGGGGCUACCGAGUGGGGGCGAGAAGUUUGCGACAGGCGGUGGUGGAAACGGUUCAGGGGGAGGCGCAGGGGCGAGUGUCAGUGGGGGAGGGUUUAAGGGUGGAUCAGUAGCUGGAGGGGGUGACGCGAGAGGGGGGGGGGUGUCGUAG